AUGUUCAACUGGACUCUGAUUUACUUGUUAAUCUUAAUUCAAGCCACACAAGGAUCUAUUGCCUAUACAUCUUAUCCCGCCUAUACUUCAUCAGUUGAUCUUCAAAAUGCAGAUUUUAGUGGGCUUUAUGCGACAAACAAACCUACUACAGCAUCUACAAAUGCAGCUAUAACAUCAGGCUCAUCUUCUACUGUUACUGUCACUACCCUUUUAAGUACUAGCUCGAAGCAACCAGAGAAAUUAAGUGCAACAGAUUCCACGGUUAUUAUCGGUGGAUCAAUUGCUGGAGUAGUUGUUGUAUUAAUAUUGACAGCAUGUGUAUGCUUUAUAACAAUGAGAAGAAGACGAGCACGGCAGCCAAAGCACUUCAAUUCGAAAAGCAUGUUAUUUUUAAACGCCAAUCAACCUCCUUUUACUAUGGUUUCACAAGAAAAAGAACAAAUGCCAGUAAUCAAUACGACGCCAACUCCUAGGAGACGAGACCAACCUAGUACAACUACAAUACCUAACGGGGCACGACUGUCUAAAUACAAUUAUCUAUCGGAAGCAUUUUCACAGAUGAGAAGCACAGACAUUGGUUAUUCAAAACCUAGUCUGGCACAACCUAAUGCAACAUACAAUACGAAUAAUAUAAUGGAUAACAAUAAUAGUAAUAGUAAUAAUAGUAAUAAUAACAAUAAUAUACCACCACUAUCGCUAUCAUCAACUGCUGUCAAAUUACCUGAAAGAGACCCAACCAUUGAUGCUUACUUUAAAAAGAAUUUUGAUAUCGCACCACUGUCACGUCCACCGGUCAGCCAUCCAUCAGCGAGCCAUCUAUCCGUAGCGAAUAGUUCUAUCUCUGAUGUAAGCAAAUACAGUGCUAUCCUUAGACCUUAUAUGCAACAGAGCCCUCAGACAUAUAAUAACAAAUACCAAUAUAUUUAA